AAAGAAAAAAAUUUGUUUUUAACCAUUCCAUUUUUUGAUUUUUUUUUAAAUUUCAUUCCAAAUGAAUUUUAUUGCCGAUAAAAAUGGCAAUACAAUAUCAUCAACGAAAAUUGUUCAUCCAAUCGAUGAUGCACCAUAUUGUGAAAAUUGUUGGCAAGGUGAUGAAUUUUUCAAUUUAAAUUGUCAACAAUGUUUUGAUAGAUUUCAGGAUGAAAAAACUACCAUAUCACAAUUGAUGGCCAUUGCUCGACAAUGGCAUCCAGAUAUUCAAACCAAUAUGGAUUUGUUAAUCAAUCGAAUGCUGGAAAAAGGAGCACAUGCUGAUGAUCGUGAUGAAUUGACCGAUAUGACAUUAUUGCAUUUUGCAUGCAAAUCAGGCGCCAUUGGCAUUGGUGAUGAGGACAAAAGUCUAAAUCUGGUUGUUGCAUUGAUCGAAAAAUAUCAGGCAAAUCCAAAUUUGAUUUGCAAAUGGAAUGAUAUGAGUGCUUUACACAUUGCUACCUAUUUUGAUGUUGCACCGGUUGUUGGUUAUCUGGUAACAGUGGUCAAACCAUCGAUUAUCGAUUAUCCAAGUCGAUAUUCAGAUUCACAAACACCAUUGCAUAUAGCUGCAACAAAUCUUUGUUUGCGAUCUGCUCGUAUUCUGCUAUCGUCAGGUGCAAAUAUCUUGCUCAAAGAUGAUCGAAUGCGUACUCCAUUAGAUUGUGUUCCCACCGAAUCGGAUCCAAGUUUUUCCUGGUUCGAAAUGCAACAACCAGAUAUUUCAUUGGAAUUAAGAUCCAUUCUGGAAGAGGCAACUUUAAUCAUUUCAGGUGAAUCUAAUUCAACCGAUGCUGAAUGUAUGAAAACCGCUAAAGUUGUUCUAUCGGCUUUGGGAUUAGAAAUCGGUGAUAGAAUCAUUGUUGGUAAUGCUAAAAUUGGUACUCUUCGUUAUUGUGGACCAACACAAUUUGCUACGGGAAUCUGGACAGGUAUUGAAUUGGAUGAACCUAUCGGUAAAAAUGAUGGCAGUAUUGAUGGUGUACGAUAUUUUGUUUGUCCACCACAAUACGGUAUUUUUGCACCGAUUAAUCGCAUAUCAAAAUUGGAUACCGAUGAUUGUGAUCUGAUGAUGAUGAUGAAUCAUAGUUUUGAUUCGAAACAACAUGGCAAACAAUCAAAUGGUCAACAUCAUUAUAGUCUGAGUUAUAAUCCAUUGAAUGUACAUUCAAAAAUUGAUACAGGACUUAAUACAAUUUCUCGUCAUAGUGAUGUUAAUCUAUUAUCUUCUUCACGAUCAUCGAUCAAUUCGGAAGAUGUAUUUAUCGGUAGUAAAGUUUAUCUUACUGAUAAAAAAACCGGCAUUGUUCGAUUUAUGGGACCAACAAAAUUUGCACCCGGCAUUUGGUAUGGUAUCGAAUUAACUCGACCAAUUGGUAAAAAUGAUGGCUCAGUACAAGGUGUUCGUUAUUUUACUUGCAAACAACGUUUUGGUAUUUUUGUUUCAUUCGCACGAAUUGCCAGAGUAAUGUCAAGUUCGAAUAGUAAAAAUUCUCCAUCACAUAUUUGUUCACCACAUGAUAUAUCCGAAUCAGAAGAUUCGGAUAUUAGUCCUAAUUUUAGUGGUACCUCAUCACUUGAUCUACUUCAAUUUACUCAGCUAAAAAAUACUGAAAAUAAAUUAUUAUCCAAUGAUAAGAUACGAAAAUCAACAAUUAGACGUUCAAUGAGUUUAUGUCGAAACAUUUCCAAUACAACAACAACAACAAGACAUUCGAUUAAUAAAGAAGAUAGAAAUAAACUGCUUGAUCCACAACAACAACAACAACAAGAUUCAUGGCUUCGAAUCGGUGUCAAUGUUCUUGUCAACAGUAUGGUUGGAUCGAUUCGUUAUAUUGGAUCGGUUCAUUUUGCCGAAGGUAUUUUUCUUGGUAUCGAAUUACGAACACCUAAUGGCAAAAAUGAUGGUUCGAUUGAUGGAAAACGUUAUUUUACUUGCAAGACCAAUCAUGGCUUAUUUGCCCCACCAAAAAAAGUUACUAUUCGCGGUAUAAAUGCCGCAAAAUUAUUACCCGAAUCUAAUUAGACUUAUAAUAUAUAUUACUGCUCAUUGUAUUUGUUCACUGUGAUAAUUUUAUUUAUCAUAUCAAAAAAGAAAAA